AUGAGUGAUGAUGAUAUUACUGUUAUGGAAGUUGAUGAGCCCAAGCCGUCUAAAUCCAGUCAACCGACAAAGAGCUCUACAAAAUCCAUUGCACAUCUGCCAUGGAUAGAGAAAUAUCGCCCUCAAACGUUCAAUGAUAUCGUUGGGAACGAAGAUACAGUGUCGCGGCUGUCGGUUUUUGCUCGAACUGGUAACGCACCUAACAUCAUCAUCGCUGGCCCACCCGGCGUUGGCAAAACCACUACAAUCUUGUGUCUAGCACGCGCUUUAUUAGGACCUUCGUUCAAAGACGCAGUUCUAGAACUGAAUGCAUCAAACGAUCGAGGUAUUGAUGUGGUCCGAAAUAAAAUCAAAAUGUUUGCUCAACAGAAGGUAACGCUACCUGCUGGUCGUCACAAGAUAGUUAUCUUAGAUGAAGCGGACAGUAUGACAGACGGUGCUCAGCAGGCCUUACGCCGCACCAUGGAGUUAUAUUCAAGCACAACUCGAUUUGCUUUAGCUGCUAAUGAUAGCGAGAAAAUUAUAGAGCCAAUUCAAUCCCGCUGUGCAGUAUUGCGCUAUUCUCGCCUUACAGAUGCUCAGAUCCUUGCAAAAAUUCUAGAAGUGUGUGAAAAGGAGAAUCUAUCAUACACAGAGGAGGGGGUAAGUGCUGUGGUGUUCACAGCACAGGGGGACCUGAGAUCUGCCCUCAACAACCUGCAGUCAACCGCACAGGGCUUUGGCCACAUAAGUCCUGAUAAUGUGUUCAAGGUGUGUGAUGAGCCACACCCAAUGCUCAUCAAGGGCAUGCUGGAAUCUUGUAUCAAACAGGAUAUACAUUCUGCAUAUAAGGUGAUCGCGAAGCUGUGCAAGCUGGGCUACGCAGCGGAGGACAUAGUGAGCAACAUAUUCCGUGUGAGCAAGACGGUGGAUGCGAGCGAAGAGAUCCGGCUGGCGUUGAUCCGUGAGGUGGGGCUCACACACAUGCGCGUGGCCGAUGGGCUCACCUCCCCGCUGCAGCUCGCCGGCCUGCUCGCCCGACUCUGUCGCGCUGCUAACAAUACGGUCGAAGCUCCAGCUUGA